AUGCAGUUAUGCGGAAUCUGAUUGCCAGCAAUAAAUAAUGCAUCCAAGGAAGAAGCUUGAGUAUGUAUCUUCUCACUUCCAGGAUGCAGCUAGGGAUCUUCGCCUCAAUUCUACAUCAAGGUUGUGGCUUAAGGCAGUCAAAAGGCUAUUUAAUUGUCAGGCAAGGCUUCCCCCUGCGGAACUCUCUCCGCAUGUUACAACCUCUUUGCAGCUCAGCUCCAUAUGCAUCUCUUUUUCACACUUCCCUCUCCAUCUCGGGUUCCUACACCUGGUGCAUCACGCAUUUAGCCCAUUCGCUCCGGCUCUUCCUUUCAUCUUCCCCAUGGCAGACGUUUCUAUUUAUCCACUGGCAAUCAAUGUGUGGCGUCACCGGUGGUACUGUAAUGACGACUGCACCAUUGAGAAUGACAGCUUAGAAAGAAGAGGGCAAUGGUGAUCCCUCCCAGAGCAGCACAGCAGAGUGUAGCGCUCGCAUCACAAGGUCACCCUAUCUCACCGCUUGCUCCUCUGCAUUGCCAGGAGAGGGUUGCUGGGUUUGUACGAGGUUGGGGCGGGAGCGGAAGGGAGGGGGGGAAAGAUCUGCACUUUUUUCCCCCCUCUCUUAAGCAAAUCCACAAUGGAAACCAGAAAGGAGAUGGUGAUGUUUCUGGAGGGGACACAACUUGGCGCUCUAGUUGGCAAGAGGGUGCCUAAUUUGUCCGAAGCAGUGGGGAGCCCCGCUCCAGAGCCGCAGGAGAAGAUGAUCCAUCGGAACUGCCUCAGCCCCAGACCUGGCCCCUUGUCGUCCCGGGAGAGAGGAGGAGGAGGAGGUGGCGGAGGAGAAGACGAAGAGGAGGUGGAGGUGCUGCCAGGGACAGGGACGGUGCCGGAGAGCCGCUCGGCAGCGGCAGCGCUGCUUUCGGCCGGACAGCAGCCCCCAGCCCCGGAGCCCCCCUCCGCCAAAGGGCACCAGAGCAGCUCGGACACAGAGUCGGAUUUCUAUGAGGAAAUCGAGGUGAGCUGCACCCCGGACUGCGCCACGGGGAGCGCCGAGUACCAGCACAGCAAAGGGAAGUGCUCCGAGGCGCUGGCCGGCAGCCCCAGCAGCGGGGGGGAUCACCCGAAGGGCAGCGGAGGCAGUGGCGGCUCCCAGGGCUCGCUGGCCUGCAGCGCCAGCGACCAGAUGCGCCGCUACCGCACAGCCUUCACCCGCGAGCAGAUCGCCAGGCUGGAGAAGGAGUUUUACCGGGAGAACUACGUGUCCAGGCCCCGGAGAUGUGAACUGGCGGCUGCUCUAAAUCUGCCAGAAACCACCAUCAAGGUUUGGUUCCAGAAUCGCCGGAUGAAGGACAAGCGGCAGCGCCUGGCUAUGACCUGGCCUCACCCGGCCGACCCGGCGUUUUAUACUUACAUGAUGAGCCACGCAGCGGCCACCGGCAAUUUACCCUACCCAUUCCCAUCCCACCUGCCCCUGCCCUACUACUCCCCCAUGGGCAUCGGCGCCACAUCGGCCUCCGCCGCUACCCCCUUCAGUACCCCCCUGAGGCCGCUGGACACCUUCCGGGUCCUGUCCCACCCAUACCCGAGACCAGAACUGCUGUGCGCCUUCAGACAUCCCUCUCUCUACCCUGCCCCAAGCCAUGGACUCAGCAGCGCCGGGGGCAACCCCUGCUCCUGCCUGGCUUGCCACAGCGGCCAGUCUAACGGGCUGUCGCAGAGACCCUCCGGAUCAGACUUUACCUGUUCGGCCACAACCAGGACUGACUCUUUCCUUACUUUCACGCCCUCUGUGCUGAGCAAAGCCACCUCAGUUUCCAUGGACCAGCGAGAAGAAGUACCUUUAACGAGAUAAAUCGUUGCCUCAGGGUUAUUAAAAACUGUCUCCUUUCCUGGGCUUCUCUUCCAGUUAAUGUACCUACAGCCCAUGUCUAUUUAAUUGUGUUCUCUCCCUAGAAGUGGACAUCUACGGGGGAAAAA